AUGGUGAAUUCUAGUAGUGAAAUGGCAAUGAAUCCUACAGAUUCAAACUCACAAUUGUAUAUCCACUCAUCGGAUACUCCAGGAUCUGUAUUAGUAACAGAGCAACUCACAGGCACCGAUAAUUAUGGCAUCAUGAGUAGGGAUCUCCAAGAGCAGUACCAUAAGAUCAGUGGAACCAGAAUCUAUGGAAUACAGAGGGAGAUUGUUAAUCUUACACAAGGUACCAUGUCUGUGGCGAUCUAUUAUAACAAGCUGAAAUUUUUAUGGGAUGAAUUGAGUUCGUUGAUCAGCUUACCACAACUAGACAGUGUAGCGGCCAAAGCGUACCUUAAUCACCUAAAUCAACAGAAAUUGUUGCAGUUUUUGAUGGGGCUCAAUGACACUUACUCCAUGGUAAGAAGUCAGAUAUUGCUAAUGUCGCCAUUGCCUUCAGUAAAGCAAGCUUACUCGGUUGUUAAACAAGAUGAAAGCCAAAGGAUUUCGAUAGGGGCCAAUGUUGGUUCAGAUGUGACCACUGCCUUGUAUGCUUAG